AUGAAAGAACUUUCAAUAAACAGUAAGAUAGCUAAAGAAGGUCACAAGCAGAUUCUAAGAAGAAAGGUUGUUCAGGAGGAGUCAUUACGGAACGUCAUAUGUUCACUUUUCGUUGCAUCGUCGUUGCCUGAAUUCAAAGAACAAGCCUGGCCGUUCCUGCAGAAUCUGUGUCGACAUUUUGCAAUAUUAGAAGUGGGAGAAGCUCUUGGUUGUCGUUUCGCAAGGGAAAAGAGGUUUGACUUUCAAAAUGAAGAAAAAAGAUAUUUUCUAGAAACAAAAGUAAUGGCGGAAGCUUUAAUUGAAACCAUAAGUUCGGAAAAUCCACAACUUCGAAGUCUUGCCGCAUCUGCAUUGAUAUUGAUGCACGAAGCCUGCGUGCAGGAAUGGUAUCGUAAAAGUGGAGGAUGCUUGGGCAUUUCAAUCCUCACUUCGCAGCUCGAUAUGGGAAUAGAGUGGAUGUUAGAGCACGAAAUGGAAUUUGUCAGAUCGUUACUUUUUAUUCUGAAAGAUAUGUCCUCAGAGUUUGCUGCUGGAUAUGUCGACAACGCCGCUGAGACUCUGAUACACGUUCUUGAG